UUAUAUGUCCACUUACCGUCUCUUCUUAAUUCUCUCUCUCAAAUUUAUCUCUCUCUAGAAAUUUAGCAGAAGGAGAAAGAAGAGAAGGCUUAUCUUUGUGUGUGGUGGUAUGGCUGAGGAUAUUGGUUCUCUUGUACGGGUGAUGAAUGGGUACAAGGAUGAUCGGUCGGUGAGGAAUGAAGGACGGGAUGGGAGAUCAACGGCUCUGAUUACUCGAGACUUGCUUGGUUGUGGGUUAUUGAAGAACGAGUCCCAAGAGUUGGACUUGGAUUUGCAAGUGCCUAAUGGAUGGGAAAAGCGUCUAGACCUGAAGUCAGGGAAAAUGUUCUUACAAAGAUGCAACUCAGCAAAAUCAACUUCAUCAUCAUCAUCAUCUGAUUACAAGAAGCACCACCACCACCACCACCAUACCAAUCAAACAGUUUCAAAGCUUCAAGAUUUAAACUUCCCACCAUCACCAUCAAAACUCCCAUUAAACCUAUUUGAUGACGGUUCCUUGGAGCUAAAAUUACUGUCAUCAUCACCAACAAAAUCAUCAUCAUCAUCAAGAAACAGUUUCUACCAGAGUGUAUGCACUCUCGAUAAGGUAAAAUCCGCGCUCGAAAGGGCGGAGAAAGUAGAGCCUAAUAAGAAGCGAUCGUCGCUGUUUAAAUCAUCGGCAUCGCCUUCUUAUUCAUCGUCGUCGUCUUCGAUCAGAGAAACCCUAGAAGAAGAUGUUCAUGAUGAGAAAUUGGUAUCAUCAUCAUCACCAAUUGCAGCAGGGUGUCAUGGUUGCUUGUCUUAUGUUUUGAUCAUGAAAAGUAACCCUAAGUGCCCUAGAUGCAACUCUGUCGUUCCAAUGCCAUCAUUGAAGAAGCCGAAGAUUGAUCUUAAUAUUUCAAUUUGAUUCGAGAAGAUUGUUUAGGAUUUGUUAUUUGGGUUUUUUUUUUUGUAAAUGAUAGGUGGAUGAUUUUAGGGCUUUAAGAUAUUAUUGUUAGGCAAAUAAUAGUAUGUAAUUAGAAAAUGCAUAUGUUUUGAUUAUAUGAGCAUUGUUUUUUUUUAUGACGAGGAAUCAUGAGCCUUUGGCUCAUAUAAAUCCCGAAUACUUGGAUUGAAAGUUUACUUCUUCAUGUUGUUUUUU